GGCUCUCUAACCUGCCUGCCCGGAGCCCUGGAGCUGCUCAUCAUCCCGCAGCCUCUCGUCGCUGUUCGUGGAUCCGUCCGAGGAGAAAUGGCUGCAGCUCUGUCCCGUGCCCUCAAACUGCCCGGGAAGAAGGGCUCCGAGCUCGGGGAGUACGACCCUCUCACCCAAGCGGACAGCGAGGACGAGAGCGAAGAGGACGACCUCGUCCUCAACUACCCCCGAAAUGGCCUCGGCAGGGACAGCUGCCUCGGCGCCGGCUCCUCUAAGAUGCGCGGCGGCAGAUCUGGACGGCACGUGGUCGCCAAAGACGAGGCCCAGGAGGACGAAGAGGAGGACGAAGAGGAGGAUGAGUGGAGGGAGAGACUCCCUAACAAAUCCAGGCAGGACAGAGAGGACGGGAAAGGCGUGCAGUACUGGAGCCACAGGGACUCUGGGAGGGACAGGGCCGGGGACGACAGAGGGGGGUCCGGAGGGGGGUCCGGGCUCGGGGUUCACAGUGCAGAGGAAGAAGAGAAGAGGAUGAGGAUGAAGCACGCGAUCCGGAGCGCGUUCUUCCUGGUGCCUCUGGUCUGCGCCAUGCUGCUGGUGCUGCUGUGUGCGUUCCUGAUCCCCUGCAGGAAGGGCGAGCUGGAGAAGAAGCUGCAGUGGGAGAGAGCGCUGGGAGUCGCAGGAGGUGUGAACCCUCCUCCGCUGGCUCUGUGGGACGUUGACGGGGAUUCAGUGGAGGACGUGUUUCUGGGCGUUACUGAAUGGACCAACGACACUCAUCCCUCUCAGGGAAACAAAAUUUUCAGCACCGUGGCGCUCUCUGCAGUCAGCGGUCUGGUGCUGUGGAGGAGAGUCAUGCACGAGACUGUGAAGUACAUCCAGUGUGGACUUCAGUUCAGCGGCCAGCCGACACCCGUGGUCCUCAUCAUCGGGAAAUCUGUCAUCAUGGCGGUCAACGGCACCACAGGGAACAACUUGUGGUCGGUCUCGCUGAAGAACAUCGUAUCCCAGGCGGUGUUACUUCCAGACCUGCAGGGCGACUCGGUCCCAGACCUGCUGAUAGCCACCCUGCCUGCAGACGAGGCUUCAGAUCUCUCCCUGACUCUGAUCUCUGGGCUGACCGGAGCAAAGCUGGGAAACCCCGUCCCCUUCAACCUCACCGGACAAGGACGCCUGAUCGGUCCCCUGCUGCACGAGACGCCACAAGGAGCGUACUACAUCCUGUUUGGCCUGGGUAACGUGGAGGCGAUCUCCGUGCGUGAUGUCUACAUUAAAGCCACCAGUAAGAUGCCGCUGACUCAGGCUCUGAGACGGAAGGAUCCGGGCUGGGAAGGACUGAAAAAGACCAACUCCUCCUUCAUCAACAUCUACAGAGGAGCUGAGAGUGCAGAGUUCUUGCUCCCUCUGGUGGCCGGUUUGGGCAACAACCAGAACAGCCUGGACGCCGUCACCAACCUGAACUCCAGUAAGAGCGACUGGGUGCUGGUCUACGGCUCCACCAAGCUGUCCGUGCUCCGACAGAAGGACAUACGCAAAGAGUGGACCUACAGCUCCGCCGAGCUGCACUGCCAACCGGUGCCAGGACACUUCAACGAUGACCGAGUGCUCGAUCUGUUCAUUCAACACGCAGCGAAUGGCACCAUGAAGGCGGAGAUCGUGGAUGGAGCGAACGGGCAGCACCUCUGGUCGGCUGAGUUUGUGUGUCCCGGUCUGAAGUUGGAAUCCUCGGCGAUCUCGACCUCAACCGGCCAAUCAGCUUUCAUCUUCUGGGCCAGCGACCCAAUCAGAGUGCAGAGGAAUGGGACGAAGACAACGGUGGCGCCGGGUGUGGCUGCAGCUCAGCCGCUCAUCAGGAAACUCUUCCUGCUGCACCCUGCGUAUCCCACAAUCCUCCUGGAGCUCACCAGCACCACAGACACGGCCGUCACCUCUGCAGUGAGUUACCACGAGCGUCAGAAAGACGCCUUCUACAUCUCCGUCUCCUCGAGGCCGUCCCCCGUCUCCGAGCCCGGCGCUCAGAUCAUCAAGAGCAUGGGCCUCAGAGCCGCCAUCGCUAAAGGGAAGAUCGUCAGAUUAGGGGAGAGCACCAAGCCGGGGGAGGCCGUCAAACCGAGCGUCUACGAGAUCAACAAGUUCUUCAGACGUCUGACUUUCAAGCAGCAGUGAUGAGCCGCCGCCGCUGCCUCCACGCUACGACUGGAAGGACCCACGAGAGCUGGAUGUGGACUGAAGUGGGCGAUCUCUCUGCACUAAUGAGACUCUGAAGACUCAUCCUGUGAACUUCCUGUUUGUAAGAUUUGAUUCUGAUCUUCAGGGGAAAGGUUGAUUUCUGUGAACAGAAGGUUUCAUCCCGUUUUACUUUUUGUUAUUUAAAUUAUUGAACUUGCUUUUUGAGAAGUCUGACCGAAUGUUUGAUUAUUUGAACUUGAGCUACUUUACUCUGAAGGUUCCCGCUGACAGUGAAGCACAAUGAGACUGAAGACAGAGCGUGUACAUACGUUAACAUCAUCCAUCACUUCUAUAACUCCUCUUAAGGCAGAGCUCAGUAUUCAUCUCGUCCCCUCGGUCACAUUAAACCACACACGCUGUUUUCUGCUCCUCGUCAUCGUAGCCGUAGAGACUCUGUAAAUAUUUGAUGCUGUACAGUAUUUAUUGAUUUGCAUUGCUGGUUUAUGUUGUCCGAUUUUUUAUGUAUAUAUGUCGUCAACCACAGUUUUCUAUGUGGCUGCUAAAGGGUAUGGCUUUGAGAUGUAAACUGCAAAACAAGAGAAAAUAUGAAACUUAAAAAACGA